AUGGGCGCAUCUCAGGCCAUCGGAUGUUGCAACGAUCGUGACUUCUGCAACAGAAACCUUCGGAUUCCCAACAGUUUGUGUGGGUUAUAGUGAAAUUUUUUUUAUUUCUUUAAGUUAUCGCGCAUAACAACUAUCAACCACUUUUAAGUUCGUAUAUUUUGUCUGCUUGUAAUUUUAUUCAUAACUUAUCAGUACACAUAUAAGGGUUUAUCGUGAUAAAAACAAAGUGCGUUUUGACUACCAAUCUUCUAAAUAAGUAAAAUUCUAGUUUGCGAAAGUUUUCAUCUUGCUUCUGUGUUCUGCGUAGGCAUUUUUUAUCUUAAACCACUAACGCCAGGCUUUCGCCUUUCGAUAUGCGGGCGCUUGUACAAGAUUAAUCUCCCUGGAUUUCUUAACUGUAAAGAGGCGUUUUCACCAAAAUCUUUACUGACUCUCAUAGUGAAAUGCAGUAUAAAGUUCUUGCUCGAACCAUUUCCGAAAAGGUAUUGGAGGUUUUAUGCAACCGAAGGUCAAAGUACCAAUAUUAAACUUGGCAAGUGUGUCUUUGUAAGAUGUCUUGUUAAUGCAAUGGACUCCUUUAACUCGAAAAAUAGCGCCUUCUAUGGAGGGCGCCUUCACAUUUGCUUACAAAAAUAUUUUGGUCAAGAAUUGGUCUUGUACAUCUCACUCACGAUGUACUGCUGUUUAUUUCAGACACUUUUGAGUCUCCUAUCAUAGCAAAAAUAAUUUAGUUAUUGGAACUGUUUUAUUAACUAUGUACCAGAAUCUUGGGCCGUCUUCAGUGUCCGUAGGUCGUGGUUAAUUCAAUAUACUCAAAACUCUGGACCUUGAUGAUCCGACAAGUAACUUUCAGGCUGCGGGAACAGUUAUGGACGUUUUAAGUGUACCGCUUCUCCUUCCCUUAGAUGCACACGUCCUAUGCACACGCUAUCCCGACAGUCGUGCAGUACUUUUGGUUUUAUGUCUUGGUAUCUGAGUUUGGUUUACUGUCAGCAUAUCCCACAAAAACUUGUUUUUCUUGUCACGGACCUCCAUAUCCAUGUGCACAUUCCUCGAAUUUAUGAGCCAAUCUCUGAUACUUCUGAAAAAAGUCGAAGAGUUGAGCAGGUAUUCAUCAGACAAACUUCGACAUCGUUCAAUUUUCCAGAAAACAUGGUGUCUCUCAACUUCUUGUUUUUUUAUGUGCGUAUUUAUUUUUCAUUUGACAGCUGGCUCGAUGGCGCCCGUAAAUGGUCCUGCUUAUACGACUUUCGCCGGUUCAAUCCAUCCGACAACGGCACGAUACAACAAUCCGGACAUGAUGCUCUCCAGCUUCAGCACGCUUGUACCCAAAACUUCUCAAAUGCCAGUGCAGGAUAUGAGAACUUCUCCUGCUUUUCCAAAUUCCAUCUUCUUCCUGGCCUGUGGAUUUGUCCCGCUUCUAAUUCUGACUAUUGCCUUAAUCGUAUAUUUGCUCUGUCGCUGCCCACAAGAUCCAAAGGAAAACUCAGCCGUAUCCUCCUUUCAAGUUUCUUCAGCUUCUUCAUCUAUCCAUACGCCCCUAACCGCUGUUGAACAUCCUAGCCAACAGAGCCGCUGGAAGUCCGCUGUAGGCCUCGAUACGCAGCACUCAUUUCUUCAAAAGCUCUCGCAGAAACCUGAAAUAUAUCACCAUGAUAACCAUCACAGUGGUAUCCUCGUUCCUUCGCUGACAAACGCCAUGCAGCGACGCUUUAUACAAGUCUGCCGACCGCUUUUGAAAUUGUCAAAGAACGAGAGAAAAUUGUCUCGGGGAGAAUAUUUGCAAGCACCAUUAGUCCGUGCUACCUUACCAAAUCCCAAUGAUCCUACUGGACUGCCAGUUUGCCUCGCUGGAAGUCACCAUAGAGAAGAUUUGACUAAAGUUCAAAUACAGGUUAGUUCUGCCAAAUUUGCCUCGGAAUCACUUUCUCUUUAAUAUAUCGGUCUCAUAUCGAAUUUUUAUGGCAGAUGGAUAAUGGUUACAUUGAGCCCCAUCAGUUACCAACGUAAAGUUUUCAGAGUCACGUCCACUAGGUACUUGUCAAAACUGAAGACUUUGGCAUCUCAUUGCUCACUGUUUUAGAAUAGGCAAAGCCGACAAUGCUUAUGAUGGGCUUAGUCCGUGAAAUUGGCCAUUGAACAAUGUCUGCUUACUGUGGUUUAAAAAACUCAUCAUAACUUGUGCGUAGUUAGUUAUUCAACGACAAGUAUUGGUGCAUAUAUUCCAGGGGGCUGCGCCGGGGAGAAUUUCAUUAGUUAAGGGACAUUGCGCCAAAUUCUAGGACGUAUCUAUUUUCACGUUCUAAUCUAAAUUCUAAACAGCAAACGUCCCUCGAAUAUGGCCUAAAGUCACCUGUAGUACAUGAUUCAUAUCUUCGUGUUCCACCUGUUUUUCAUUUUCUCUAUAUUUAGCAUUUUGAAAAUUACCGCAAUUCAAAAAUUUCACCAGACAAAGGAUUUUCUUUUCGAGUCGUAGCUUAUGAAAAUAUGAGUUAUGAAUCCACCCGAUAUUUUACUUGGUAAGCACACCGAGAUUGAGGGCUGUCCUUGAUCUUCGUUGAAAAAAUCGCCUCUUUGAAAGGCCUGCUUCUUCUGAUUUGGUCUCUUGAAAGACGGUAACUUCCUGUUCCAUACGAGAAAUGCCCUGGGAAUGUGUUCAUUGACUCCAUGUCAUUUUUAAUGUAAAGUUUACAUAUAUUUCUUUAAAAGGGUACGUGGUGAUGAAGCUAUUGAGAUUAGCUAUUAUCUUAUGGCACAAUCAUGUACAGUCCACGCGCCGACGUUCUAUAAUGCGCUCGUGGAUGUUAGGCCAAGGUUGCUUUCACAUUUCCAAUAUUUUUAUAAAAUAUUCAGCCACCAAUGUUUAACUUUCCUUUUAUUUCCUGGGAGAACAAUUGAUUUUUCUUCUGCGCCCAACAUAUAGAGUAUUUUGAGUUACGUUUUUUGCCUUUCCAAACCGACUACUCGCAGACCUUAUCCAUAAGACACGGCAAACCACUUCAACAUUAACUAGCCGUGGCUAAUCAAUUGGCUUUAAAAUAUAUAAAGUAAGUACGAUGUUUUAGAACGAGCACAAUGAAACACUGGGUACACGAGUCAACCGGCGCAACCUAAGUACUUUUGUUUUGUAGUUUACUGGAAAAUUUUGGGCAUUGGAAACUUUAUCGUACCCAUAUCGUUUGGUGAGAGCAGACUUCUUUACUUCAAAGUCGUCCUUUAACAUGUUUUAAGGCUUUCGUUUCGGUGUGGUUUGGCAGUAUAAGGGAAGAAAAGUAGGUACUCAUGAGUAACUUGUAGAAUGUAGAUUAACAAAUAGCAUCUCAUCUAUCCUACGUAAGGCUACGUAUUGACAGUAGUUGUGCCUGCUCUGGCCAAAUAUAAGCAACCUACCCUCAGAUUACUAUGAGCGAUUAACGUUGUAGUACUUUGUUGCCGGCGCUUGUUCCGACAUUUGGUUCUUUGGUUUUUAUCGGAUAAAUUCCCGACUUGACAAUCAAUUGCUCCUCCUUCGGGAACUCACCUUUUCCGAUGACGCCGCAUUUUUGAGCGCAUUUGUCAGUGAGGCGUUAUGUGUUCUGCGUUAUGCACCUAGAUAAGUGCAAUUAUUCACGCAUAUUUAACGCGAAUGUGCGCCCAAACGCGCGCAGCUAAUGGAUUCUGUCAACGCCACGAUAAUGGCUCGUCCUUUUUGCCGAGUUCGAGUUUCCGCUUAUCAGUACUGCCACUUUUUCAAGCUACUUUUCUGGUCUAUCGAACUGGCAUCGAGUCGGCCGUGCGAUAAGUUAGCUCGGCCAAGUUCGGUCUAUGGCACUGGCGAUGCUAUAGGAAGGAGUUUGGCUUCGUUAGAGUGCCACAACUUUAUUUACUUUUUAGUCGCCGACACGUCAGCUUGCCUGAUAUGUCUCGUUCACUCGUCCUGUCUCCUAACGUACAAAAUCCACUUAUUCACAAUGGUGGUACUCGAAAGUGCCCUCAGCCAUGCGGCAAAACUAGGUAACAAAUCCGAGAAGGACGCUACUCCCAGCUGGCCGUGAAUUUUUCCGAAAGGCGGUUUUGCCGAUAUAUCUCUCCUGCCUAAAACAGAGACCUCUUGAGGAAUUUAUGAGGCACAUUUGCGGCUUCCUUGACGCACAGUUGCCUACUUCAUUUCUUAAAAAGCUCGGCAUCCUAAGAAGGCGUUUAAAGAGACAGUAGACAAAACUCGUCCUCUUCUUCUACUGCGAAAAUAAUUCGUUAUUUGCAUAUGCAGGCAUAAUCAAGCAUUUUUGAAUUACAACACUUUGAAAAUAUGAGGCAGCGAUGCGUGAGACUCUUGUUAUUGAGUAAACCGUAACAUUCAUUCUUGAUACCUGUUAUGUUUUGGCCCCAUAUAUCGGUUGAACGCAAAGAAUGCCGCGUCUUGGCUUGAGCGUUUUUUAGGGACUAAGUGCUUCGCCAGAUACUUAGUUCCAGAUAUGUUAUAUUAAGUACAUACGAGAGGUGACCCUGCGACUUUCAGUGAGUAAAAGAAGACCUGAGAAAAAACCUCUCCCGUGUAAAGUCUCUCGGAUUGCAACCGUAGUAUUUGGUAAAAGAGUGUACCACGUGAACUGGAAACACUAGUUUUUUUCUUUGAUCGGAUGUUCCGCUGGCUGACCGCGUUUCCCGAUACCGAUCUGAAGUUGGCGGCAUCAUUCAAAAUGGCCACUGAUCAUGCUUGAGACCUACCUAUACAGCAGUCUCAUUGUGUAACCCUCAAAAUGCCUGUCUUUUCCUUCGAAUGUCCCUUGACAACCCGAACUAGGAAUUUACCUCCCAGCCUCAGCUUUACAGAUACGUUUUUACUACAGUUCAUGCGAAGGAACGACUGGUAAUAAAUAAGAUUCCAGCAAUAUGCGUCUCUGACCACGAGUUGGAUACAUAGCCCAAUGAAGUUUACGAUUUCUGACGGAUUAGCAGCAAGGACAGGCGAGAUUGGGGCGAUUUUGACCAAUUUAUCGGCCGUCGUUAUACAACCAUGUCACAACCUCAGGCUUAGAUAAUGCCGGACUGUGAACUCGGGUCCUUUAAGCAUUCAGCAUUAGAUCGAAUGACUUCCCGUUGAAUCAUGGGUUCGCUGCCUUGUCUUUUGCAAAAAUACCAGAUUUUGGUUCCAAGGCAAAGGUGGAUAAGCAUGUUCCCUACUGCAGUUUAAAACGCUGCAGCGCACCUGAAGAAGUUUACACCACAGCCAUAGCUUUUUAUACUGACGUUGAACAAAGUAUUAAAAGCAUGGUUUUUUAGGUGCCACCUCAAAAUUUGUACGAAAAUUUGAGUCGAGAGCUAUUAUUUUCGGCAAAACAAUCACGUAAAACACUAUGCAAACAAUCAAUAGGUAGUAUAUGCUGCAUAGACAAAAAUCAAGUGCAUGUGGAUGACAUGUGGGCAGAGCUGGAGGAACCACCAGUGACUCGAACGUCCGGCGGUCGUGUCAUACUGUUGCGGAACAUUGUUGAAACAUGUAGGCAUCCUUUCAGCAACUUCCUAUUUUGGCAGUAUGAUGAAGCGAUUUCCGUUUAUUAAAAUGCCUCGAUACACACUGGGCAAGACAGUGAGAUUAUAUUAAGUCGGGAAGUGUUAGAUAUGGGGCUUCAAUUUCGAGGACUACACCCUUUGUGACGCAAAAGACAAAGGUUUUCUGGCGGUCGGAAUAUCCCAGUAAACAACUAUCUUCGUUUAUCCCGCCUCUUCCUACGUACAUCAGGAAAAUACGAGCAAGCCAUUUGUUUACACUUGAUCUAAUUUUUAAAAUUUGAGUCUUUGCAUUCACGGGAAAACUGGAAACCAGCUGCGAUUUAAGUAGUUUCCAGGAAUUUGCGUCAUUUAUUUGCAGUUGUUCCGUAACCAUAUAUCUUUCAUCUGGACAUAAAGUUACGCUUCUUCUUUCGUUCAUCAGGGCUCUUUUGACUUUUGCUAGACGUCGUCUGCAUAGUUCACCAAUCGCUGCUGCCACCAAGCUUGUCUCAUGCCACAAUAUUUACUAUCUACGACUAAAUUGCGGUUCGUAGCAGCGCAUAAAAUCCGUUUCGGUUUUCUGUGUGUAAACGCCUGCGUGUGAAGGUGCGCAGUUUUUCACAUUAACUCUAUGCCUAACGACCGCUUGGUGAACCCGUGUCGAACAUUUACAGAACAGAAUUUGGUCACCUUUCCUAAUGAACUCGUCCGGCCCAGACGCGCCGCAAGUGAACAUACAGCCUAAUGUAUACGCAUAGUUGAUGUGGAGAACCUAUGCAGGCACUUGACCAAUCAGCAUCUGAAAAACAAAUAUGCAGGCAGUAAAGGGAAAACGAUGAGAAAAAACCUUGACGCUAAAAUAUCACUUUUUUUACUCAUCACCCAACGGUCCCGAGAACUUGAGUGUAGUAAGGCAGCUGCGCCUGUGGCUGGCUUUUCUGAAAAACGAAUAGAACGUAGUUCUACAUUUAUUUAGUAAUCCAUCUAAUUGUUCGUACUAUAAACCGCCACAUUCCUACCGUAUUGUCCAUUUUUGCUAUUUAACGUGCCAUGUCUUUCACUGGGCACUGGGUUAGAUGCACAGCAUUCCCGCAGUUGCUUCAUCUUCCUUAUCCACAAUCGUCAUCUACUAUAUGAUGAAGUGUGAUGUAAAGAUAGUUGUAAUUAAGGAAAAGCGUAGAUAGUCUUCUGUGGCCCUCUGAGUUAAUGUUCAUUGGGAAAGUUUCCUAACCCACACCGAGUGGCUCUGGGUGCAUUCAAAUGAUCGAAUGUAAUUUGUCAACAAACGGGUGCCGAGCAAACUUAAGAAUGCGGUUCAGAAACUAAGGAAACGCCCGCUAACUUAGCAUCUUGGUCCCAAUUUAGGUAGAGAUGUUGUCGGUUAAUUAAAAAUUAUAACCGUAAAUUAAACAACUUUUUCGUUGUGUCUGUCCCCGAUUACACGAGUACUUCUGCAGUCUGGCCGGUCAAGAUGGCGAGAAAGAGAAUCAUACCAAUUUCUCCCCUUGCAUAUUUGUCUGUAACUAGAACGGUUACCAUGGUUGUUUCAGGCAAUUUGAGGCAAACAAACGUGUCCCUUGUCAAAUCGUAACGUUUGAGGGCAUAUUUUUGGGACUUUAAAAUCCUUAGACAUAGAGGAUUUGUUUAUCUUGAAUAAUUCAACAUUGGGAGCAAAACCUAUCUUAAAACAAUGAAGCAACACAAACUAAAGGUACACAUUCCGUUAUUCAUGAACUGAGUAGUUAUUCAGUAAGUUCAGUUUAUUCAGCUAUGUGUCAGCGGGGUCAAUAGACGGUGUUGUAAAUUAGCGCGAAUAAGAGAGAAGAUUUUGCCGCAAUUAGUCAUCUAUCAAUUUACUGCAGUAAAGCAGGAAAUGCUCACGGAUGAGUGAAAAGUCGAAAAACGGCGGCCCAAUUCGAAGAGUUCAUUGUCAUUUUCAGUGACAAGGGUAUGGCUAAUACCUAAACUGCACACGGAAUGAUAGCUGUGAGCAUAAAUUGACUACUCAUCUUCCCACCGUCACACCGUAUCUACUGGCUCGGCAUCUCUUGCAAUUCCGCUCGUGUAAGCAAAAACUGCUUUUACUUCCGGCUACGCCAAAAAAUCAAAAGCCGUGAUUUCUCUCUCUUUCUCUCUUACAAUUCUUUGUAUGCAUUCCAUGCACUUUUGGCAAGUCUUCGAAGUUCCAUAAUUUCCUAAAAAUACUGCGUCAAUAGUAAAUAUAAUCGUUUCGGUUUUAACUGGUGGAUGGCAAGUAAACAUUUCGUUUCUAUUUUUUCCUUAAAUGCUCAUUCUGUUCCGUCCUGGCUGAAUCAAUACUAACUCAUCUAUGGGCGUGUUUCAUUUUGCAUUCAGCGCGGUCAAGUCCAGUCCUCCUCGAGCGGCAGUGGUAGCGGUCUCCCUUUCCUCGUUCAAGCAACAGUGUCGAGGCAGAUUGCCCUUCAGGAAUGUAUCGGUAAGUGUUCCUGCCUUACCCCCCCCACCCCGCCUCCCCUCGCUCUCUCCAUGCCCAAGGGCAGAGUUGCAUACGGCGCCGACCGCUCUACCAAUUAAAGUCUAGAAGUGGGGACCAGUGUGAUUAUAUCUCUCUCUGCCCUGCCGCUCCACAUUGGUUUACUUCUCCCGCAUGCCCCUCUUCGUCUGAACGCACUAGCCCAGCUGGCUUCGUGACCGGCCAGCUGUGCGCCUGUCUGCUCCCGCUAAUUUGAACUGCACCAAUAGCGUUUCUGCUUCUCCUCUUUUGCAGGCAAGGGGAGGUUUGGAGAAGUCUGGCGUGGCAUCUAUCGUGGCGAGAACGUAGCAGUGAAGAUCUUCUCCAGUCGAGACGAGGCUAGCUGGGCUAGAGAAACCCAGAUCUACAGCACUGUGCUCUUGCGUCACGAAAACAUUCUCGGUUACUAUGCCAGCGACAUAACAUCAAGGUACUGUUGCCCAAUCGUGACACGAAGACUGAUUUUCCAGCAAAACGAAGUAUACUCGUUCAUCACUUAAAAUAUUAAAACAGAUCAGACUUUCCGUUCCACUUGCGAGAAGUUGUUAAUUGUCAAAACUGAUUCAGACAGUGCCCGAAAAGUUUACCUUUAAUUGCCCCCUCAUUCCUCGGAGGGACAGUUAAGGUAUCCUAACCUUUAGCGAAUUCAAAAGUAAAUCUAGAAAAGAAAGUUGUGUUCAGCUUCGAGUCACUGUGAUCCUAUUAAGAUUUGACGAACAGAAUUAAUCUCGCACGUAACUUUGCGCAGGAAAUUUUUCAAGUUAGUGUGAUUUAGUUUUGGUAAUUAGGUGCUUCGCAACGUCUACUUCGAGUACUAAAUUGUGGUAAACUGUGAAAUAAACCGAUGUUGGAACCCGAAACAUAUGAGAGUCUACUUUGAGAAUUCGUGGCCACGGGCUCUGGAACGCCACCGAAUGAUUUGCAUUUUAUUUUGGGCACGAUCCCAUUUCGUAACCGUACCUGUUAGGGAUUAGGAUUAGUGGCUAGGGGUUGGGGUUAGUGUUAGGGGUGGGGGCCAAUGGUUAGGGAUUAAGGUUAGAAGUUGGGGUUAGGGGUUAGGAUUAGAGGUUGGGGGUUAGGAUAAGGGUUUAGGCUGAGACAUGUCUACUGUAGGUACGGCUACGAAAUGAGAUCCGACCUUAUUUUGCCUACUUUCUAAAGAAACUGGUAAGGCAUUUAUAGUAGCCAGUCUAGCUCACUGAAUGAUAAUCGAAAUUCUGAAUAGCGUUUUCGUGGGGCUGUAAUACUGAUUUUCCUAUUGCAUUCCGCCAUGAUUUUUCAGUUCCGCAAGCAUGCCACCUCCUGAAUAAGUUCCUUUCCGGCCGCCCGCACAAUCUAUGCUAGAUAAGAAAUUAUUACUUUGUAUGCAUUUUUACAUAGAUUUACAAUGACGUUAUAAAUUUUGGUAAAACUUGUACAACAACAUACGAAAAUCUCCUUUCUCGUUUUCAUUUGGCAGUAGAUUGCGCCUUUGUCAAAUUUUAUAUUCUAAGGAAGAACGACUUUCAAUUGCCGAGCGACUUUGAGCCCGAUCUAAAACGACACUUUCACUUAGGGCUGCCAAACUACACGCUGCGCACGAUCGAUGUAAGAAAAACCCUAUUUUUAUCUAUGUCAUUAAAAAGAUGUCAUAUAGGGCUCACAAAAUUUUGCAUUAGAUGUGGAACAUGUUAUAAACUUCAUAACCAGCAUCAAUAAGCAGACGGAUACGAUGAUGUACAGAUGAGUGUCCCAGUCUUUAUAAAUCUCAUAAUUACAAACCUUUUCUAAAUUGAAAAAGCCCCUUUUCCAUGUAUAAAAUUCGAAGAAGGCACAAUCUUCUAUCAAAAAUGUACAAGAACGAAUAUUUUGUACAUUUUUUCUACAAAAUAUAUUUGAAUUUAUAAGAAUACCGAAAAUUAACGUGAAAACUUUCUACAGUUUAAGUAGUCAUGUUUUAUAGUGUGUAGUUUUUGCGGGCGGAUAGAAUAAAACUCAUCCAGAAGCCGGCAUUCCGACGAGGCUAAAAUAUUUUGGGUCCUGCUCCAUGAUAAUCAGUAUUGCAACCCCACCUAAGUAAUCGUUCUGAUCGAAAGUACAUUUCAGAAUUUCCGUCAACAUUUAAUAAGACAGGCGAUCAGCAACUUGUUUGCUUAAUAGGUUGAUGUUGUAAAUACUUCUUCACAAAUACAUCGGCAGCCAAUCCGUUUGCCCAUACUACAAUAUGACUGUAUUCGGCAGAAAUUUUUGCAAAUUACUAGAUAACACCUGUCCCACCGCCCUAUGUCCAGGUCUCAUGUAGUUUAAGAGAUUGGGGCCAGGUAAGCUGGAAUUCGUGUCUCCCAGGCGCAUAAACAAAAGUAUGUGCUAAUGCAUAACUUCCGUAGGAAGAAUUCACUCUGUAAAAUGGCGUGAUAGCACUCUCUAGAAUUAUUAUACCCACUUUGAUAAAAAGUGCCAUUUCUAACUCUUUUUGGCCAUCAGUCAGCCACAUAGCAAGCCCAGGUCCGGGAGACUCGAGGUUUGAACUGGGAUCCAUUUUGACAACGGUUAUUCGCCUAGAGUUGGUAUACGGCCGGUUGGCAACUUUAAGUGGAGCAGAAAUGACCGUUCUAGCCUCUAUUCUACUUUUUCGUGAUGCUUCUCAACUACCGAUUAUUCUGCGCUAUGCAGCUGUCCACCACGACCAUAAAAUUAAGUCAAACAGGAUACCCCUGUUCACCCCAUAGACAGGUCAGGUUGAUGCAACUCAUUGUCGGGUGCCUUAGAGCAGUGAUUUUUCUAACCGCGUACGCAGUUCGCAGAACAGUGCCCCGUUAGUGUGCAUUCCGUAGCCGGGGUUACUAGGCUGGGACAGUUGUGCUGCGCGUCCCUGUGAGUCCGCUGCAUCUCUGGCAAGUACACAUGCAUUUAAAAUAUGCUGCAGGCAGGAAAACCAAAUGACCGUACUGAAAACGUUGAUGUCUGAAAAGCGCAAUCAAGCCAUUCAAUGGAUUACUGUUCAACAGGCUUUACGCGAUGGUUCCUAUUACAUUUAUUGGCUACUUGUAUAUAGAAAUGCCUGUCACACUGUGGUCAUGUGGUCAGGUGCCUAAAAUUUGCUUUCUUUGUCCGGCUCAAGGCAUGGUUGUACACAACUCUGGAUAAUUUCUCAUUAUCAUCCAUACGGUUCGCUGUACGACUUUCUUCGCUCACAUGUGGUGGACACCGUCGCAGCCAUCCGUCUGGCGAAAACAGCUGCAGCAGGCCUGUGCCACUUGCACACGUGUAUUCUCGGACUGCAGGUCAGUGGUAUUUACCCUUUCCCUGUUGCACAACCAUCGUCUAUUAUUUUCUGAUGGCACCUCCCUGUCCGCCGUUCUCCCACACCCCCCCCACCCCCCUCCUAUGCUGCAGAUAUCCCCCUCGAGAACAUGAGCUGAAUUUCUCCCUGCGUAGGGUCAGAUUUCCUGGGGUAGUCAGGGCUCUUAACUUAGUACUACACUUAGCGUUAAACCGAUUUCUUAUGAAUUGGCAUGGCAGUUGUUGCUCGGAUAAUGCUCUGCCCUGUUUUUACUCAUAGGAAGGAAUCGAACUCGAUACUAGACUUGAUGCGCUUUGACUGGUCCUCUGUAGUACGUAUAUGUAGAUGGAAAAUGUUAUUUCCCCAAAAUAUGUUAGUUUCAUUACUGCCCUAUUUUCAAAUCUUUAUUAAAGUAACCGGAACAUCUCAUUAUGAUAGCAGGGCAUAAUAACGCCCCGUAAGGGAGUGCGUACUCAUCAUUCAUAAAUAGCAACCGCCUAUGAUGAUGGGUUCGAGUGAGAGUCUGAAACGUCCGGCCAAUAAACUUCUUGUCCCAGCGAUCGCAUCAUCAUCAUAAUCAUCAUCAUCAUCUUUUAUUUUUAUGCGACUUACACGCCGCCCAUAAAGGUAUGCUGAGAAAUCUUCAUUGGUUUCUCUUACCUACUGCAUAGCAUGACUUAGAGACAGAAAGUUCACUAGUAGACUGGCGAGCAGAUUCUAAAUUCUUCUGGUCUCAAAGUCACUGGAAAUUCUCAAACUAAAGCUGUAAACAUCGAAGAAGUAAAACCUUUGAAGCAGCCUCGCGAUACGCACGCACCCACGCUCCAGUGCGCCACGCUCAAAUUUUAAGGGAGUUCGCAGGGUGCACAUGCCCACCGCCCUCGGCCAAAAAGAGACGCUAUCGGGGAGGCAUAUGGUGGUCGUAUCGACGGUGUGAAAAGGGAAACUCGAAUAAUCUGCCUUCAUCUGCCUGUUGCACACCAGCUGUCUUCCGUCCCCUGUGGCGCCCAUCUCAGCGUCCGCCUGAUUCAACAGUCAGCUCUUCCCCCCCCCUCCCCCCCUCCAGCGUCUCCCACCGCCGACGCAAGUGUGUUAACUUUCGAGAGCAACAGGGGUAGAAGCGACGGCGAUGCGAACUGCUUGCAUGCCAAGUGUCCUGGGCGGGGGGGAUGUGUGAGACGCGACGGAUGACUUUAACCGCGGAGGGUACGGUUUUCACACUCCUCCCCUGGGUAACUGGCGCCACCGACACCUGGCGUGCCAUCUCCCAAGUCGGCCGCUGCUGCCUCUUGCUAAGCAGAGGACGGGGAGAUUUGGUUUGAGUUCGCAGUUCCGCAAUCAGGGCCACGCGCCCCGCGCGACAUCAAACUAUUUGAUCUCUGCUCUGUGCGAGUGUGCGUGUUAGCGUGAUUCGGAACACAGAGGCCUCUACUUGCCAAUCCUACUUAGUGGACUCUGCCUCCAAAGCACUAUCGGCUACUGCAACUUUUCACUUCGCGUAUUUUCCAUUCCCUCUUCAUCUAGGGCAAGCCAGCAAUAGCGCAUAGGGAUAUAAAGUCGAAAAACAUCCUCGUACAGGCCAACGGAACCUGCAGCGUUGCCGAUCUUGGCCUAGCGGUAUUCCAUUCCCCUGGUUGUUCGCCGGAUGUGGACAUUGGUUUGCCAAAUCACAAGGUGCGAUUUACAAGCAUUGUACAGUUUAUGCCCUCUUGCCCUCUGCCCUAUUCAGCUACUUAGAUGUCCUUAUUAAUUCGGGAAUGCAGGUGGGCACUAAACGCUACAUGGCUCCAGAGAUUUUGGCGGAUGAGAGCCUGGAUGAGCGCUGUGAGGCAGAUGGCAUCAUUGCCUGUGACUCCGAAAUCAGUGCUCUACGUCGCUGCUCUCCAACCGACUAUAAACAGAACAGUAUACUCAAUUCGCGAACUCCCCACCCCCAGGGCGCUCUGGGACUAAACUUUGAAGGUAUGAAAGCGGCCGACGUCUACGCUUUCGGGCUUGUACUCUGGGAAAUUUUCCGAAGAUGUUUCACAGCAGACGGUAAGCGCAUGCUGACUUAUUGCUUCGAAAUCGCCCCCGAAUACUGUACUGAUCACAUCCUAGAGAAAGGGAGUGCAUAUUUAUCUUGAAAUCUGACGACUUUUCAAGGAGAGUGUCUCCGAGAGAGAAAUGUAGAUGUUAUCAUUAUUUAAAUGAGGAGUUUUCGCAUGAACUCUAUUUUCUCAGAGGAAUUGGGAGCAUACUCAAUAAAGGGCGUCAUUAGCACGAAUAAACAAAGAAGAAUGUAUGAUUUCCGUUGGUUAAACACUCAUUUUCUUUCUUCAUAGCCGGGGAAUGCCUUUUAUAAACGACAAGCGAAAAGUUGCCCGUGUGUUUGAAAGGCCUGUCAUAUGACAACUUUCUUUGUGCUUUAUCCUGCAGAUUAUGCAACAUUAUUUUCUGACUCUGCUAAGCCAUGGAAUUUGUGUGAAGCUCAGUCCGGCAAGGCCUUAUUUCGUGGCCGUACCUGUUAGGGGUCAGGGUUCGGGUUUAGAGUUGGGAUUAGGGGUUGGGCUUAGAGGUUGUGGAUAGAGUUAGGGUUAGGGGUUAAACUGGGGCUUGUCUACUGUAGGUACGGUCACGAAAUAAGAUCCGACCUUCAGUCUAUUUAAAAUAACUACCCCCAGCCUAAUUUUCUUUCGACAGACGACCAAACCCGUCUCAAUUGCAAUGCUAACAUCUAAUAUCAACUGGCAUCCCAACAGUGAGGUAACAAUGCAGACGUGAGGAUGCAUCCCACUGGCUAAUUCAUGCGUACCUCCAAAUUAACCGUGAGCUGAACUUUAUGUGUUCAGUCCGGAGUUCCCAGUCGCUCACACUGUAGACGUAUACCACGUGCAAAAAGCACGUGGACACUAAGAGCUUGUCCCUUGCUAUAGGCAACAAGGCAUACAUUGCUAUGACAGUUCACACUGAGCUGAUUGUCAUCGUCUGACACCGUUUGCAUCACGGCGGUGGACAGGGGUUAUAAACAAUGACGAUGGGCACAGCCACCUCAAAACUUGUGUGAAUAUCGUCGUAACUAUAAUUAGGCAGAGCAGUAGACUGGGUCAUAAAGUUGUGAGUUGGAUUCCCACGUUGAACGGACAAGAUUUUCUUGAUAGGCAAGGGAGGGGAAGUACACCGAGAAUAGUUGUAAUCGGUAGAUCCUUGGCCACUUGUACAAAGCUGAUGGGACCAUUUUCGGACUAUGUAAGUUAGGGGUUCGGUGAAAUUCAUAAUGUCUUUUCUUCUCUAUUGCUGACAGAUGAGGUGGACGCCAGUCGCGUUCCCUUCUGGGACCAGGUCCCAGCUGACCCCAGUUUUGAGGAGAUGCGACAAGUUGUGCUAGUACGAAGAAUUCGCCCGCCAAUUUCGGCCAGAUGGUUAGGUGACAAGGUAAGUCACAAACAUUGUCUUUGUGUUUUUGGAAAUUUCUCCGUAAAACGCACUUACGACUGGCAAACCUCCAGACAGUAAUCGGGCUGAUUUUGCAAGGAAUAGCGAGGAUGUCUGACUACUCAUGACAUGCUCAUUUACAUGGUCAUAAAAAAUCGGAUGAUCUAGGCGCGGGUGCCGAAAGCGCAGCUUUAUAUGAUCGCUUUAAGACUUAUUUGGAUGAGCUAGUCUCCAAUAAUACUUUGUUCCGCGCAUUUGUAAGAGUCACUGAGCUGCUAACAGCUAGUCACAUUCCCAAGACGAUUCUGAUUUGGGGUUUUAUACUAGAUCAGGGCAUCAGGGACAAUAAAAGGAAUUGUGUUCGAAUUACAGUCAAGUAUAAUAAUUCUGAGCAUCUUCAUACUUCCAAAGCCUUGUAAUCAGCAUGAGUUCCCAGGAUCGGCUUUGACGACAAAGGAAGAGAUACAAGUUGGCUACUGUCUGAGUGGACAUUUAAGUCUCCUUCAAGUAAUAUAUUCUCUAACUUCUCAUUUGUCCCUUCUCUCUUCCUUUUUUCAAGGUUUUGAGCCGCUGUGCCCGGUUAAUGCAAGAGUGCUGGCAUCCGAUACCUGCUGUGCGUUUGACAAGUUUGCGGGUGAAGAAGACCCUAGACGAGGCCUUCCUUUCUGCCAUCAAUGCCCUUGACCUCAACGCCACGGGAACCGUCACAGUCAACAUCGAUCUGACAGAUGGCAAGAUGGAUACCGCCUACACCACACCCACCCACCGAGCGGGGGACAGUGGCAUAAACAGUCGUAGUAACGGAUGCUCCUAUCAACCGUGUUUCCCUCCCAACACCUGCCCCAUAUCCCCACCUACAGACCAUCAGCUAAGGAGUCCACGCGACUACCUAACUCUGGGACGGAUUAUUCGGAGACCGUCAUCCCCGGAGACCGGGAACUGCGAGGAGCUGGUGGAGGCAGCAGAGGGGAAAGCGGAGGGAGAACGAAGGGCGAGGCAUGAGGACGAUUGCGCACACCGCCUCCGACUUGCACUAGGCAGUACCAUCCCAAGUCAACCCGCCUCAAUACUCCCUUCGCCAUUUAAAAGCAAAACAAAAGGCUGGGAGGCAGAGGAAGUUCAAAACAACAACGAUAAUGACGGCUCCAUUUGCCCUAGAUCGAGAGUACAAAUUGGCCAAAUGUCAAGUGGCUUUUAA